UCGGUGUGGCGGCGCGGCCCGGGCGGAGGGACUGUGUAAUGGCCCAGGACACUACAGUGCCCAAACUGAACUUUGAAUAUUGGCUGAAUAAAGCCAUUGAAUGGGGUCAAGCCACUACCCUGGAAUCCCAGAAAGAUGUGUGCCUUCACUUGCCCCAGCUCCAGGAGUUUCUACACCAGCUUUAUGAAACUUUAAAAGAUGUGCAGGGUUCAGUUGCAGCGAUCCAGCAGUUCCCUUUAAUUGGGCAGCUUCUAGGAAGGCUCUGUUGGAAUCCUUUUGUUAUAGGAUAUGAUGAAAGCCAGAAGACUCUGAUGUGGUGCCUCUGCUGUCUGUACAGCAGUGAGCCACAGAACCCUGUGGAACUGAAGGCCAACAGCUGGAUACGGAGUUUGCUGUGCCAUCUCCUUUCUUCUUCUAAGUGGGAAAGUAAUGAAGCUGAAACCAGUCCAUUCAUAUCAACUCUGGGCUGCACGUCAGCAGAUUAUUAUUGUCACUUAGUUAAAAAUAUGGUCUUUUCAUUAGUAGCAGAACUCAGAGAAAAUCAGUUCAAUGGACUUAACACUCAGAGGAGUGUUUCAGCCAGUCGAGUGAAUGCUGUGUCCAUUUUCUGUGUCCCUGUCGUUACUUUGCCUGACCUAUCUCCACUGCUGGAAACUCUUCUUCUUUACCAUGGAGGUUCACCAAAAGAAAUUCUCUGUCCAGAGUUUCUAGAGGCUGUGAAUGAGGCCUUUUUAAAGAAGAAGAUCUCCCUUCCUGAAUCUGCUGUCUUCAGCCUCUGGCUUCGUCACUUACCAAGCCUGGAAAAAGCUACCUUGCAUCUUUUAGACCGGUUGGUUUCCGUCCAGCUGAACUCACUGGAAGAAGUGGCUUGUGUCAUAAAGGACUCAUUACUGCCACAAGCAGCGAGCCAUCCUGCCAUUUUCAGAGUUGUAAAUGAAAUUUUCAAGAAUGCACUGCUGGAAACUGAUGGAACUUCAGAAGUUAUGACCAUAAUACAGGUGUUUACACAGCUCUUCAUUGAGGCUCAUCAGAAUCAAAACAAGCAGCAUGCAUUUCCCUUGAAGGCAUACUUCCCUUGCCAUCACCAGCCUCUCGUAAGAGCACUACUCAGACGUCCUUCUGAACUCCCAACUACAUCUUGGUGUCAACACUUGAAAAACAUUUCAGAUACGCUCAAAGCAUUAGUAGAAGAUACAAACAUUAGUUCUCUCACUGACCUUUUUGAAAUCUGGUUUUUGGUUGCUUGCUUUGGAGAAUGGCUGGAUAUUGCAGCAGAACAAUUACUGAAGGCUGCUGUACAACCAGACCCUUUGCUGUGGCUGCUGGCAUUUUACUACUGUCCUCAGAAUGAAAACCAACAAAGGACUCAGGCAAUGGUAGAAGUUGAAGCAGUCUACAGUCAUCUAAUGAUGCUCUUCAGCUGUGCAGACCUUUCUCUCAGAGAUCUGGAGCCUGCUGUGCACAGGAUAACGGGUACGGAGCAGUGCUGUAUCCAGCAUCUUUUGACACAUCUUCUGACCAACUUUCUACUCUUUUCAUCUGGUGGACAUAUGGUUGCCCAGGAAUGUAUUUACCAUGUAAGUAGAGCAGCUGUUUACCAGGUGUUAGAAUUGAUGGGAGAGAAGCCUGGUGCUUUAGAAAGUCAAAGAGGACAACAGUGUGGUAAUUGA